GGAGGAGGAGGGAGGGAGGAAGCUGUCGCCUGUCAAGAGGGGGAUCAACCUGCGCUGUCAUGGAUAAAUAUCGACCAAAGAGACCGACCACCUUGGCUCUGUUCCCACAGCUGCCACAAGCCGGCACCCAGGACUCCAUAAACAAUAACUCUUUAGGCAAGAAAGACAGCUGGAAGGACUCCCGCUCCUCCUCCCCACAUAUUACAGGGGAUCUCACACCACCGGAUGUCAAACCCAAAGCGGAGGACAAAGUUCGUCACAACACGCGCCGCCCGGCCCCCAAACCCCCCACAGCCAAUGGAGUAAACGGCAGAGGCAACACUCAGGCCGCCGCCGCAGACACACGCGCCCGACUUCGGGAAAGACAGGUUACCGGAGUCACACACACACAGUCCUCCAGCUCACCGAGGACUCAAAGGAGAGCAGGAAGAGGAGCGACAGCGAUGAGAGAGAGGAGCCUGGGGGACGUCAAAGGGAAGGAUGGAGGGACGGCGGGGAAGGAGGAUAGAAGAGGAGGACGACUGUGUGAGGAGUCCAAGGGGAAGGACAAAGAGAGAAACGGACAUCAGAGGCCAGCAAACGGACUGAAAAGCCGAGGGGCUGAUGGGAAAGGAAAAGCAGGUGGUAAAGGGGUCAACAGAGGAAAACCAAAUAACAUACUGUCGAACCAGGAAGUUUAUCUGACAGCCAACGUGGUUCCACGCACGCCGGUAGCUCCGAGAAACCAGAACAAGACCGAAGACCAAGGCCAAAACCAUGACAGGACCCAGGACAACCCCCCUAUCCUCUCUCGAUCCAGCAGCGAGGGGGGGUCAAACAGGAUGUCCCUCAGCUCAGACACAGAGGGGCCCCCACCAGGGCCCCUGCAUCCCUCUCUCUCCCACCGAACCAACCCUGACAUCAGCGAAGAAGAGGGGGAGGGAGAUCCAACUCCCUGUGUGAACGUCCAAAAUGGUCUGACCCAAUGCCUUGAUAGUAAUAAACAAGCAGAGAUGGACUGUACCAAGUCAGAUGUGGAUACAGAGGGGGGAAAAGUUGACAACAACGCCAAGGUGAAUGGCAGCGACUCUGUCACUCAGGGAGACUGUGCGGCUGCUCAGACGGUACCAAAGAGUGAGGCUACAGCGGGGUUGAAUUAUGACUCUGUUAAAUACACUCUGGUGGUGGAUGAACACGCUCAGUUGGAGCUGGUCAGCCUCAAGGACUGCUUUCACGGUUACAACGAGCACAAUGAAGACAGCGAUGCAGAGACGGUCUACCAGUCAGCCAAUGAGGAGGAAGACCCAGAGUAUGAGGAGGAGAGGAAGAGGAAAGAAGACGCAAAGAAGCAAGACAAGAGGAAAGAGGAAGAAAAGAGAAGAAAGGAGGAGGAUGAGAUGAGGAAGAGGAGGGAAGAGGAUUUGAAGAGGAGGAGGGAGGAGGAGGUGAAGAGGAGGAGGGAAGUUGUGGCGAGGAUCUGCAAGCAGUCCAAGGUAACGUCAACUACAACUUCAGAGGAAGACGAGUCCAACGGAGAAAGGGCCGCAGCUUCGAGGACCAAGAAGUUUCUCAACUUGUUUCCCAAUAACAGCAGUCAUUACAGCGCCACUGGUGCUGGAUCUUUUGGGAUGUUCUCCUGUGUUUUGGAUGGAGUGGAGAGACAACAGAGCCACAGAGCUGCCUACAGGUUUGUUCCUCGUCAUGCAGACGAGCUGUACCUGGAGACAGACGACCCCGUGUUAAUGCUGAACCAGUCUGAGGACCUGUGGUGUCAGGGUUACAACAUGAGGACCGGAGCUACCGGCAUCUUUCCUGCCUUCUAUGCUGUCAAGGUGGCCAGAGAUAUUAACCAAGUCCAGAAAGACGGCUGGGUGGAGCAGUUCCAGGUGCGAUUCCUGGGUUCGGUUCAGGUGCCUAUUCACAAAGGCAACGACAUGCUUUGUGCUGCAAUGCAGAAGGUGGCGUGUAACAGGCGGUUAGCAGGUCAGCCUCCUUCGCCCUGUGUGGUGGAGGUCAGUGUGAAAGGUGUGAAGAUCAGCGUCCAAGACCAGUGUCAAUCUGCUCAUCGGGGGGACCAGUGUUUCCAUUUCUUCCAGCUGAAGAACAUCUCAUUCUGUGGCUGUCAUCCAAAACACAGCAAGUAUUUUGGGCUCAUCACCAAACAUCCUGACCAACAGCGCUUUGCCUGUCAUGUGAUGAUGUCAGAGACAACAUUACAUCCUCUGGCAGAGUCUGUGGGGAGGGCCUUCCGGCAGUAUUACAAGGAGCACAUUGGCUACUCCUGUCCCACUGAAGACAUCUUCAUUGAAUAACCCCUCUCUCCCCGUCCACUCUAUGUACUGAAGACUCACUAUGUGCAUGUAAGCCUGGUCUUACACAGCAAACUGGACCACUGAUUUAUCUUUGUCAGAGUUCUUGCAUGGUGGAUUUCUUUUCUUACCUGCAUCCAGUGAUACAGCGAGCUUUUCCUUCCUUUAGCCAUGUCACAAUAUAAAUACCUCUAUGGAUGAAUAGGAUCACAUGAGAUGUUCCAUACACUGGGGACAUCAUAAAACUACCCAAAUUCCAAUGCAGAUAUCGGAUAUUUAUACACUUUAUGGGCUAAAAUCACUUGCAUUAAACUACAAAUAGAUAUUGGAUGUAAGACCAUAUAGACAGCCUUCAGGACUAUGGAGUUAAUUUAAAGACAGAAUGUUUAUAUCAGUAAUUUGUGAACAUGCAGCUACUGUAGAAACAAAUUAUUAUUCAUCAGUGACAGAUUUGGUAAUUAAUCAAAAGGAAAUUUUGAUAUUAAAACCCCCUUUCUCUCUGUACAAAAAACCCUACAAGCACUCGCUACCAUCUGGCUGUUUAAUGCAAUGACAAUGUGUACGAUCGGCAUUCACAGCAGGAUCCAGUGACUCUGCAGUACUCACAGCUAUUUAUCGGCCCCAACUCCGAUCGGCAUUGCUGGGAACGCAACACUCGGCCUGUCUCCACCUAAGUGGCACUCAAACAUCGAUCUAAAUUAGUCUACACUGAGUUUGAAAGUAAGAUGAGUAAUAAGCAAGAGAUACAAAAUGGAAAGUAACCAUUAUAAAUUUUUCACAGAUCUUUAUCCGUGGUGCUUUCUACUGUUAAGCUGUUCUCCUGCCCGUCUGUGACAUCAAAUGGUCCCCAAAAAAAAAAAAAAACAACCCAUACACGUGCACAGAAAGCUUUAUUUAUCUGCUGCAGAGUGGUGUACACAGCUCUGCUCUACUUGCAAUGGGAAAGCAGUCUGUAGCCUAUAUUCAGCUGGUUUAACUGUGUUUAAAAAACCCACAUGCACACGCUAAUUUUGGUGGCGACAGGGCUACUAUUUGACCUGUCUAAGGCCACAUUUAGAUGAGAACGGCCCCACCAAAAAGGGAAAUGAUUUUUUUUU